AUGAAAAUUUCCCUUCUAGAUAUCCUGAAGGCUUUACUUACAUCUAUCAAGCCCAGAUCCGUGAACGCUCUCGAUCGCCUUUCCAAACCAUUCAAAUGCCCAGGAUCUGCAACCCCUACUCGAGCUUCGGAAAAGCCAGCAAGAAAGAGACGCAAGGUCAACUAUGCAGACGCAGAUGGCAGUGUCGAGGAUGGAGCAGAGAAGGCAUACACAAAUGACGAUCGACUCGCAUUGGCGACCCGAGAAGUGAACAAAUUCCCAGUGUUCAAACCCAAGGACAAAGAUACCGCCUUCAGGCAGAGGUUUCAGAUCCCGUUGCUUAACAAGGACACGGGCGAAUACAAUGCUGGACGAGCUGCUCCUACUUUGGGUAUGCGACAAGGUGCAACCUUUGUCGCUAAGCCACUGCAUGACCCCAGCGGAGAGUUUGCAAUUGUGUUAUAUGACCCAACGGUUGAUGAUGUCCCCGAAGAGCCGAAGCCUAAAGACUCGGAAGCACCCAAGGAACCGGGUGAGGCCAAAUUGGAUGAGCCAUUGGUACAUAAAAGUUUAGCAGAUAUUUUGGGCAUCAAAAAGAAGGUGGAAGGGAGGCCAAAGGUGCCUGUUGUUAUUGACCCGAGGUUGGCGAAGAUUCUCCGACCACAUCAAGUGGAGGGAGUUAAGUUUUUGUAUCGAUGUACGACAGGCCUGAUUGAUAAGAACGCCAAUGGUUGCAUCAUGGCAGAUGGCAUGGGAUUAGGAAAGACGUUGCAAUGCAUCUCAUUGAUGUGGACAUUACUCAAACAGGAUCCGGAGGCGGGAAGAACAACCAUUCAGAAAUGUGUUAUUGCCUGCCCAUCAAGUUUGGUCGGCAACUGGGCGAACGAGUUAACCAAAUGGCUGGGCAAAGAUGCUACCACCCCCUUUGCCAUUGAUGGAAAGGCCUCCAAGGCUGAACUUACUCAGCAGAUCAAGCAGUGGGCAAUUGCAUCAGGUAGAAGUGUUGUUAGACCUGUACUUAUUGUGUCCUACGAAACGCUUCGCAUGUAUGUCGAUGCUCUCAAGGACACGCCGAUCGGAUUGCUUCUGUGUGACGAGGGCCAUCGACUCAAGAAUAAGGAGAGUUUGACAUGGAUGGCUCUGAACAGCCUUAACGUCAACCGGCGUGUUAUUCUUUCUGGAACGCCUAUCCAGAACGACCUGUCGGAAUACUUUGCUUUGCUUCACUUUGCCAAUCCCAACCUGCUGGGCUCGCAGGCUGAGUUCCGCAAGAGAUUUGAACUCCCUAUUCUCCGAGGCCGAGAUGCCGCCGGCACAGAAGAAAACCGGAAGCUGGGCGAUGAACGCCUACGGGAGCUUUCGGGAAUCGUGAACAAAUUCAUCAUCCGACGAACAAACGACAUUCUAUCGAAAUAUUUGCCUGUCAAGUACGAACACGUAGUGUUCUGUAACAUGUCACAGUUCCAAUUGGAUCUCUACAACCACUUCAUUCAGAGCCCCGAUAUCCGAAGUCUGUUACGAGGAAAAGGUAGUCAGCCUUUGAAGGCUAUCGGCAUUUUGAAGAAGCUUUGCAAUCACCCGGAUCUUCUGAAUUUGGCAGAAGAUCUUCCAGGAUGUGAAUACACAUUCCCCGAAGACUUUACACCCCCCGAGGCCCGUGGUCGAGACAGAGACAUCAAGAGCUGGUACUCUGGAAAAAUGAUGGUACUCGAUCGCAUGCUUGCACGAAUCCGUCAAGACACCAAUGAUAAGAUCGUUCUCAUCAGCAAUUACACCCAGACUCUUGAUCUGUUCGAGAGGCUUUGCAGAUCUCGUGCUUAUGGCUGUCUGCGGCUGGAUGGAACAAUGAACAUCAAGAAGCGAACGAAGCUGGUGGACAAGUUCAACGACCCGAACGGCGAAGAGUUUAUCUUCCUUCUCAGCAGUAAGGCUGGUGGAUGUGGUCUCAACCUCAUUGGUGCCAACCGGCUUGUCCUGUUCGAUCCUGAUUGGAAUCCGGCUGCCGAUCAACAAGCGCUGGCUCGUGUCUGGCGUGAUGGCCAAAAGAAAGACUGCUUCGUUUAUCGAUUCAUUGCCACGGGAUCAAUCGAGGAGAAGAUUUUCCAGCGUCAAUCACACAAGCAGUCACUCUCAUCCUGCGUCGUCGAUUCAGCAGAAGACGUGGAGCGCCACUUCUCUCUUGAGUCGCUCCGAGAGUUGUUCCAGUUCAAGCCCGAGACUCGCAGCGAUACACAUGACACAUUCAAGUGUAAGCGCUGCCGCGAGGACGGCACACAAUUUGUCAAGGCCCCUGCCAUGCUCUACGGUGAUACAAGCUCUUGGAACCAUUUUGUCAAUAAUGGAGAGAAGGGCCUGCUGGCUAAGAUCCAGGAUCUGCUUAUUCGACAGGAAACCAGCGAAAAGGAUGUCUCGGCGGUGUUCCAGUACAUUAGUCAUUGA